AUGAUUCCUGGAAAGGGAAAAGAUGGGUCCAAGAAACAGGGAAGGAACUCCAAUGCUGUGGCGAAGGGCUUCCAUAACCUUUGGGAUGUCACCAUCCGGAAUACAAAGACCUCAUCCAGUCUAGCAAGUCCGUCCCUGCUUCCCAAAUCCAGUCCUAGUUCCAGCUAUUCCAAGAGCAAGCUUACAUUCUGGGUGGUGGGGCAGACGACAGCACUCACCCAGAUUAAAGACAAAAUAUAUGCAAAGAGGAUGGUGGCAAAGACAGUAUCAACACCCCCUCUUAAUACCAGCAGGAUCAGUAUUGACAAGAACAAUGCUCUAGGUGUCAACUCUCUCAUCACCUGUGGAACUGGCUAUCUUCCACUAAUGCAGGAGCUUCAGAGGGCCUUUUUCAUGCGUGCUGAAUGCCCCAGGUUUAGCAAUAGAUCAACAUCAACAUCACAGUGGGCACCAGGGUUGGUUACUGUGUCUGACCUGCCCAGUGGCACAUACUUCAAAAACAUCAACUAUGAGAACUGGAAAAUGACGGAUGAGGCAUCAUUCUCUGACAUUUUAAAGGCAACUCAAGCAGGGAAGAAACUCACAUAUAGCAAGAGUGCCUGUGAAUUCCAAUACUUAAGCCAAGAGGGUCCCAGUUCCGAGACCAUAGUCAAGAGGGCCCCAAGCCAGAAGAUUCCUUGGUAUGCUACUGUGAUUCAGGAGAAGGAUCGGCAGUUGCUCAUGAUGAGAGAUGAGAUCAGACGGCUUACAGCCUUAGAGGAGGAUUGCCUGAAGAAAGAUAAUGAGCUUGCCCAACUCAAAGAGGAGGUGAAAGAAUUGCGCAAACAACUGCAAUUCCUAAGUGAAGUCCGAGGAAUAGAAAUGAGCCCCAAGAGAGAGUUCUCAGACAUGAGCAGAGGCAGCAGUGAUAUCCUGGACAGGAAGCAGAUACAGGAGCUAGGUGAAGAGCAGCAGCCAGAAGAUACCCAGAUCUCAACAGAGACUAAGCCAAGUAAGGAAACGAGCGUUCUUUCCACCUCAACUUAUGAGGAGCCCGGAAUUCAAGAAGAAAGUGCCAUGGCUGAGGCGAAGGAUGAAGGUUCCAAAAUAUGCAUAGACAUUUAUGAGCCCCUCCCACCAUAUGAGUCAAGAGAAAUCAGUGUCUCUGCGAGUAUUACAAAAGAUGAAGAAGAGCUACGAAAAUCUUUAAAAGAGACUUCUCAUUUUUUUGGGAAAAUCCGAAAGCCACCCCACCUCCCUGAUGAGUGUCACAGUGAAAUGGAAACCAAAAUCAUUGAGGAAGAUGAGAAAGUGUCAGAAGAGGAUGUUGAAGUAGUCGAGUAUUUAGACAGGGAAAUUGAGGAAGAGCUUAUGGCCAGGAUCAAUGAGUAUGAGCAGGUGAAUGAAGAGCUCCAAGCUGAGCUGGAAAUCACGAGAAAUGAGUAUUCAAUCAUCUCAGGAACUAUUCUGUCUUUACAAAGACAAGUGGAUUUCCAGGAAUCCCAACUGCAAAAAACCACACUGGAAAAGGAAACCCUGCAGAAGGAACUUCGAGAAAGGAAAGCUCAGCUUCAAGCCAUGUCAGACAAGUUCGCCAGCCUUCGAGAAGAACGAAAACAUGAAGAAAUGAUGGGCAUCAUUGAGAAAGACAAUCUUAACCUCAGACAGCAUGUAUCCGAGCUUGAGUUUGAACUAAGGAAGAAGGAAGAGGUCAUCAUAGAAUAUGAUAACAAGAUCAAUCAGCUGGAGGCCCAGGUGAACGUAGAUCAGAACCACAUGCGGCAGCAGGAGCUGAACCAGGAGAACCUCCUGAACCGCUAUGAGGAAAUGCAGCAAUCCGAACAGCAGUACCGUGUGCUUCUGGAGAGUUGCCAAGCCAGGCUUGAAAGGUUAAGAAGUAAAAUCAUGCAGGCUGCAUUUAGCACAGCUGGAAUCAAGUCUCCAUCUACAGAAAUUGCAGAUGCUGACAUCCUAGACGCUUUACAGAGAAUCAUUAAUGAACGACUGGACUUUUAUCAGCAGCUGAAACAGAAAGGGGUGAAAGUCCCCCCUCUCCACCAGACGGAGUUGGUGUCCACCAUUGCCCCCAAGUCCAAGAAGGGUGGAAAGUAA